UUGUUAAACAUCUAAUGUUGAUCACAACACAUCAAAACCUCAUCACUUCAUCUCUCUUUUCGAUUCUCUUUCUCUCACUCCAUAGUUUGUUUGAAUCAUGUGAUGCCAAAUGCAGUCCUUCUUCGUGCGGCAUCAUUCCCAACAUCAGCCCCCCUUUCCGCCUCAAGGGCCACCCCAAGAAUUGCGGUGAUCCAAGAUUUGAAUUAUCAUGUGAAAAUAAUGUGGCCUACUUCUCCCUUCAUUCUCACAAAUACUAUGUCCAAGAAAUCUACUACAGAGACGAGCCCACCAUCAGGGUGGUUGAUGCCUCCAUAAACAAAGACGACAUCUGCUCGUUUCCCCCCUUUUCUAUAUAUGCCUAUAACUUCACCUAUCAUAAUCCUAAUCGUCUUCGUUACCUAAAGUCCAUUUAUUCCAGCAACACACCUUUAAACUUUAUAAGCUGCCCAAAUCCGUUGAGAAAUACAUCCCUUUAUACUGAUAUCACUAAUCAGUGUGCCUCUAAUUCAUCCCAUCAUCACAGAUAUGCUUAUGUCAAGGUCGGCAGCAUGAUGGCCUCAGAGGUUCCAUACGCCUGUGGAGUUGACCUCAUAGCGAUGACAUCCUGGUAUGAUUUUGAGCCUUUGAAAAAUGUUUCUCUUUCAGAAAUCCAUGAGGUCCUCUUGUAUGGAUUUGAACUCGGGACAUGCCUCUGGCCUUGUGACAGUCAUGAUUCAUCCAUCAUUAAGUGGUCUAUAGUUCUGAUCGUACUUCUUGUGGUCGUUGCAGGUUUGUUGUGCGCAGCGGUAAGCCCUCCUGUAUUCACCCUCUGUGGAUUCGCCGCUGUAGCACUACUCUUAUGUCUGAUUACUAGUACAAUUCUAUUGUCAACAGAAUCCUCUAUCUAUAACAAGUCCUACCCAUCUUUCCCGAUGCUCAAUCAACAAUCAGUACUCAUCAUAGGCUUCAUCACAUUGUUUGCAAGGAUUAUCAUAUUUCCUUUAGUGUGGUGGUUUUUGAUUUACAAAUUCCGAAGAAGGCGUUUAUCCGAAUAUAACACAAUAGAAUCCUUCCUCCAAAGUGAUAACAAACUAUCACCAAUAAGAUAUUCAUACUCAGCCAUUAAGAGAAUGACAAGAGGUUUUCAAGAAAAACUAGGCGAAGGAGGCUAUGGUUGUGUUUACAAAGGAAAGCUUCGAAGUGGACAUCACGUAGCAGUCAAAAUGCUGGGAAAAUCAGGCGGGAAUGGACAAGACUUUAUGAAUGAAAUAGCAACUAUUGGAAGGGUACACCAUAUCAAUGUGGUACAACUAGUUGGCUAUUGUGCACAAGGUUCCAAGCGUGCCCUCGUCUUUGAUUUCAUGCCCAAUGGUUCUCUUAAAAAAUACCUCUUCAAUCGAGAAAAAAUGAAUUCCUUAAAUUGGGAUACAAAGUUUGAUAUUGCUGUUGGAAUAGCUCGAGGAAUUGAUUAUUUGCAUCAGGGGUGUGACAUCCAGAUUCUUCAUUUUGACAUCAAGCCUCAUAACAUACUCCUUGACCAUAACUUCGCUCCCAAAAUAUCUGAUUUCGGGUUAGCAAAGUCAUGCUCCGUAGAGAAGGAGGCAGUGACUUUAACGGCCGCUAGAGGAACCAUAGGUUAUGUUGCUCCAGAACUCAUCCACCGAGGUAUUGGCGUAGUCUCUUCCAAGGCGGAUGUGUAUAGUUUCGGGAUGCUGUUGAUGGAAAUGGUGGGCUUCAACAGAGAGUUGCGGAAAAAUAGUGAUGAUUCAACAAAGUAUUUCCCAAAUUGGAUAUAUGACCACAUUAAACAAGGCAAAGAGAUUGAAAUUGCAGAGGAAAACAUUAGUAAUGAUGAGAAUGAGAGUGUUCGAAAGAUGACAAUAGUUGCGUUAUGGUGCAUACUGAUGAGCCCCGAUGAUCGUCCUUCAAUGAAUCAAGUAUUGCAAAUGUUAGAAGCCGAUGUCAAACACCUGCAAAUUCCAGAGGUUCGAUCAUCACAAUCAACUCAAGUUGCAGGAAAUGGGGAAGAUGGCAGCUGGCUCACAGAUGCAACUGAUUCUGCAUCAUUGCUCCAUCAUGAUAACGCCAGCAGCUUUGAGAUUACUAUCGCAUGAACCUCUUCUUCCCAAUCCUUCCUUCCUCCAUCCAUAUCUUCUGCGUGAGGUUUGUAUUAUCUGUUGCCUCUUUAUAAUAGUAUUGUAUUGCAAGAUGAGUUUUUAUAGGGGGCAAAAUGAUCCACAUCCAUUCUCAAAUAUAAAUGACAAAAUAUAAUGUUUGAACAAA